UCCACCGCUGCCCUGCCACACAACGAAGGUUCGUUCCCUUCCCACCACCACCGUUCCUCUCCUCCGCUCCCGCUCCCGCUCGUAUAAAUCCAGCGCCCCUCGCCGCAGUCGCACCACUACUCCCACUCCACCUCCACUAGUGUGUAGUGGCUCUUGCUUGGAUUCCCUCCGGUCUCCGCUCCGGCUCUGCUGCCAAGCUCUUCUUGUGCCUCCUCCUACGCUAUUGACCAGUGCGUCCACUCGCCCGCCUCCUGCGCCGGGCAUGGCGGCCACGCUGGACGGAGCUGCCGGAGGCAAGAAGCGCAAGCGCGCGGCGCCCGGCCUCGCCGACCUCCACGACGACAUGCUCGAGCGCGUGCUCGCGCGCCUCCCGCCGGCCAGCUACUUCCGCCUGCGUGGCGUCUCCCGCCGGUGGCGCGCAGCCGCGGAGUCCCGCACCUUCCGCGCCGCCUGCGCGCGCGUCACGGCAAGGGACCCAUGGUUCCUCAUGCUCGAGGACCCCGACCACCAGUACCAGGACCAGGACGAGCGGCGGCCGCGCCCCGCCGCCGUCUUCGACUCCGCCGAGCGCGCCUGGGCGCGGUGGCGUGGCGCGCCGGGUCCCCUGCAGCCGGUGGCCGCCGCGGGCGGGCUCCUGCUGUACCGCGACCCGGGCACGGGUGACCUCACCGUGGUCAACCCGCUCACGGGCGCGUCCCGCGCGCUCCCGCCGCCGCCGCCGACGCCGACGCGCGCGCUGCAGGCUGUCGCCAUGUACGGCUCGCCGUACCGCGUGGUGCUCAUCUUAGGCGAGCUCCCGGACCUGUCCACGGUGGUGUACGACUCGUCGACGAACGCGUGGGGCGACGAGGCGGCGCUGUCCCGGAAACCGGCCGAGGACGCCGCCUCGUCCCGGGAGGAGCGCGUCGCGGAGGCGGACGGCGACGACACGGUCUACUUCCUGAGCAAGUCCGGCGACGUCGUGGCCACCACCAUGCAGCGGAGCGCGUCGCGGCAGUACUCGUCCGCCGUGGCGUGCCGCGAAGGAGGAGGCGGCGACGCCGUGGCCUACUUCCUGAGCCGCUCGGGCACGGUGGUGGCCUGCGACCUGUCGCGCCGCGCGUUCGCGGAGCUGCCCCGGAUCCUUCCCGCGUACCACGAGUACUCCAUCGACGUGGUGGCGUGCGGCGGCGCCGCCUACGCGGUGGUGCUCUCGGAGUUCCUCGACGCGGCCAGCCUCCGCGUGUGGGAGUUCGCGGGCGGCGCGUGGCGGCAGGUGGCCGCGAUGCCGCCCGCCAUGGCGCACGCCUUCCGCGGCGCCAAGGCGGACGUGAACUGCGUCGGCCACGGGGGCCGCGUCAUGGUCUGCGUCAGCUCCAGCACCGCCGCCGGCGCCAGCGGCUGCUUCAUGUGCGACGUCAGGACCAACCGGUGGGAGGAGCUCGCCGGCGGGGACGGGGACGCCGCCACCGGCUUCGUGGCCGCACUGUCGUUCGAGCCGAGAAUGGAGGCCGCCGUCUGAGUCUCAUCUCGUGGACCUGGAGCCUCCAGCAGCAUUGCCGGUUUCUUUCCUGCUGAGCGUGUAGUAGAUUGUUUGGCGGCAUCCCUUGUGCCUAGUGAGCGUGUAGUGUGAUCCCCAUGAUUGUUCGCGUGUGAUUUGAGAUGGUUUCGUCGUGUGAAUCAAAUCACCGGGCCUGUCCGUCGCUUCCAUCGUUCGAUGCGUGUUGUGGCAUUGUGCUGCCGGAUUCUGUCUGACCUCA